GAGCGCGUCUCGUCCAAUGAAUUCUCGCGAUAGUUUGAAGCACAUGGCCGCCCGCAGUGUUUACAACUUCUCGUAAUGAGAUGGUGAAGGGAAACAAAGUCCCGAAGCAGAAAGACGGCGAUUAGUUUUGUGUAUUCGGUCUUUUUCUCCGGCUUUUGGUGAAACUCUUGAUUCUGCGGGUUUUGCUUUUCGGCCAAACCGCGAACACAACUAAAGGCCAGGCAAGCCACAACACAGGCUGGUGGGUGCUGUGAUGUCCUCGUACCCCAACAGACUCAAACAUCCACACUGCAGGAGGAAGCACUACCCCAGUAGCACCUACUUCACCCACGUCUGACAGCCGACUGCUGGACACCGGGCGCUUGAAAGCUGGGUGGAGGGCUUCACGGGAGAGAGAGAGAGGGAGGUAAACAAAGAUGUCAGACUCCGCGGGAGGUGGUGAAAGUGGAGGUGGUGCAGGGCAGGACUCCGAAGCAGAUAAUGAGCCCCCUCAACAGCCUCCACCUUUACUGCCUGGAGGUGCAGGGGAGAUCUCAGAGGAAGGGGCUUCGCCAUCUGCCAAGAGGCUGAGGAUGAGUGAGGAGGGCGUGGAGCAGGAUCAGGUUGUGGAGCUUGGUCAGAGGCAUGAAGAAACACCAACACAGCCUAGCUCGCUGCAGGGAAUGCCAGCCCAAACUGCAGAAGGAACAGGAGACCUGCUGCAGUGUGAGGAGGGAGGUCAUAGUGGGAAAGAGGUAGUAGUUGUCGGGGAAGAAGAAGAAUACCAUCAAAAUGGAGAAGAAGGGCCAAAACCAGAGGAGGAACACAACGGUGAUGGAUCUGCAGAGAGCCCCGGUGACGGACAACAGCUCAGCUUAGAUUUUACUCAGAACCCUCAAAUGCUGACUGGUUCCUGGACAGAGUACUCCAACCUGCCGGAGAACUACCUGAAAGGCUGCAAAUGGGCUCCUGAUGGUUCUUGUAUCCUGACAAACAGUGCAGACAAUGUCCUCCGAGUGUACAACAUCCCUCCAGAGAUUUACAGCUACAACUGGGACUUGCUUCCUGAAAUGAGUCCAGUGCUGCGGAUGGCAGAAGGAGACACCAUCUACGACUACUGCUGGUACCCCAAAAUGAACUCUUUGGAGCCGGACACGUGCUUUCUAGCCAGCAGUAGCCGUGACAACCCCGUCCAUGUGUGGGAUGCAUUUUACGGGGAGGUGCGAGCCAGCUUCCGACCCUACAAUCACCUGGACGAGCUGACGGCAGCUCACUCGCUGUGCUUCUCUCCAGAUGGCGCGCAGCUCUACUGCGGGUUUGACAAAAUGGUCAGGGUCUUCCACACCGAGCGCCCGGGCAGAGACUGUGAGGAGCGACCCACAAUAGUGAAAAAGCAAGGCCAGAGUGGCAUCAUCUCCUGCUUUGGCUUCAGCCCUUGCCAAUCUGUUUACGCCUGUGGCUCUUACUCCCGCUGCGCUGGCCUCUACUCCUGCCAGGACGGCACCCUGCUGGCUCUGCUGCCGACCCGUCACCACGGAGGUCUCACCCAUCUGCUCUUCUCGCCCGACGGCAACUACCUGUACACCGGCGGCCGCAAGGAUCCAGAAAUCCUGUGCUGGGACCUAAGAGAGCCGGGAAGAGUUGUGUUUUCUCUUAAAAGGAACGUGGCCACUAAUCAGCGCAUCUACUUUGACCUCGAUCAAUCUGGCAGGUACCUGCUGAGUGGAGACACGGAGGGAGUGGUGUCAGUAUGGGACACCCACACAGCGCCUCCUGAUGGUAAUGAAGAACUACUGCAGCCUCAGCUUAGGUUCCAGGCGUACUGGGACUGCACCAAUGGAGUCGGUAUCCAUCCCUUCAUGCCGCUGCUGGCAACAUCCAGCGGCCAGCGGCAGUUCCCGUGGCCCGGCGACAGCGAGGGUGACUCGGCCUCUGACACGGAGGGGAGCGGCGCUGUGAUGUCACAGCAAGACACGCGGCAGGACAACGUCCUGACCCUGUGGUGGGCAGGACCGCUUAGCCCCGCCGCUGAAGGGAGCCAAGACCAGAGCACUACAGCAGCAGAGGCCUGAAUAUCUGUCACUGCACUCAGCUGAUACAAAUCGAGUUACGCAUGCCAUGUGAUGUUUGUUGUGCGUAAAGCUGAUUUUGGUUUGUACAAAUAGGCCAUCAGCGGGCUGUUUGUUUGUAGUUUAACUGCCAACUUUACCAGAACUUGGAAAAAAAGGUUAAUGUCAAAGCCAAAAGUUCAGAGGUUCUUUAAAGCCUUAAUGCUGAGAUAAGAGGUGUGUUUUCUAAGGAG